AGGAGUGGUCGGACUCCAGGGGCGCAGCCCCGGCGGAGUGGCGCUGGCCAGGACUGAGGACGCGCCCGGGGCCAAGGAUCCCCCUGAAGAAUGCCCAUCCUGAAGCAGCUGGGCCCGGCCGUGCCCAAAAAGCGCCUGGACCGAGAUGCCAUCUCGGCGCCGCUGGGGGACUUUCGGCACACCAUGCACGUGGGCCGCGGGGGCGACGCCUUUGGGGACACAUCCUUCCUGAGCCGCCACGGCGGCGGGGGCGGGGGUCCCGGCCCCUCCCCGGGCCCCUCCCCCGGCCCGUCCCCCGCUCCCUCGGCCGCCCCGUCCCCGGCGCGCCCCGCCCUGCCACCCCCCACCGCUCCCCAGCCCCCGCGGCCCUCGGAGGGCGCGGCCGAGUCCCGGCCGGCCGCGGGAGACCCCUUCCUGUCCUUUCACCUGGAUCUGGGGCCGUCCCUCCUAGAGGAGGUGCUGGGCGUGAUGGAUCGAGGGGGGGCCCUGGCGGAUGCAGGGGCCGCCUCGGGUGCCCCCAACGGUGGGCUGCUGCCCUCCCGGCGGGGCUUCGGCUCUGACGAGGACCUGGAUGAAGUCAUCGGGCUGUAGAGGGGCCCGCCGGGAGCCGCUUCUCUUCCAGACCCCAAGCCGUGGCCCAGCCUCGCCCCACAAGUUUUUAUACGACGCCCCCUGUAUAGCGCCCUCCCCCUCCCCCUCCCUGCCCCGCCAACGCUCCCGCCCCCCCAAAUCUUUAUAUAUAAAUAGCAUUUAUUUCGGCUGCUUUGGCGUCGGUGUUUCUGCGGGCCCCCGGGAC